AUGAAGUUCUUUAUCAUCGCCGCUUUGUUUGCUUUCGUGGCUAUACAGUUGAGCAAUUCAGCCCCAACGCCCGAUGAAGACAAGAAAGGGGAAGCGGCUACGCCGGUGCUCGCUGCGGAAUCACCCUCGUCCCCUACCGCAGUGGCCGAGGUGAAAUCCGCCGACCCCGAGGCUGCUACAAGCGCGGCGGCGGCUGCGCCCAUCGAUGAGAAGAAAGCUGCA